AUGUUGGCUUUUCUAACUUGCAAAAUUCCUCUUCUAUUAAAAAUACCAUGCGAUGAGAUAAUCAAAACCGAUUGUCUUCAAAACAGAUAUUCGAAUUUUAAUUUACAAAACGAUUGGUCUGAUUUCUUUGGCAACCAAUCCGUUAUUAUACUCAAAGAUGCAAAUUCCAAACUCGAAUUAAAGGAAGCUAGCUACUUUAUUAACGAAUGCCAAUUUAUUUCUCUCAAGCAAAUGGGAGUCAUUAGAAUUUAUUCAAAUUCAUAUGACACUAAAGUUGGAUUAGAUAAAAUCAAUUUCCUCACCUGUGGACAUCAAAAAUCUCCAGGUGGGUGUUUGUACAUGGGUUCAAAAGGACAAUGCAUUCAGAACAAGAUAGUAUGUUUUCAUGCAAUUGUUGUUAAAUCAUAUGGACCAUAUUGUGCAAUCACAACAACAAGCCUUUCUAAUCAGAAAAACUGCCAAUAUUUAUCAUCAAUUUCAAACUGUGAGUGUCGUGAUUCAACCGAUACAGUACGAUACUGUGAAGGUGAAGUUCAAAUGACGAAUGUAAAUAUAACUCACAAUAGUUUAGAUUCGUUCUCAGGGUUUUCAAUACUUUCUGCAGAGCAAAAUUGCUUUGUAAGUUAUUGUAAUUUUAAUGAAAAUUACCAAGAAACGGGUUUUUUCUUUGAAAUAUCAUCUAAAAUAGAUGUUUUAUUCACUUACAAUAUAAGGAACUGUAAUUUCUUAAAGAACAGAAGGAAAUCUUCAUCAAAUAAUACAGAAUUCAUGAAAGUUAAAAGCUAUCAAAUAAUUAUCAGAAAUUCGUCAUUUAAUGGAAAUGAAUACGAUAAACUAACAAGCAAUGUAAAGAAUCUUUACAUAAAAGAUUGUUUCAUUCAAGCAAGUUUGUUGAAUGGAAUUAAUUAUAGCGAAUCAAUCGAAUUCUUCACAGCUAUGUAUGUUGAAAAGGAAGCAAUAACGAAUUUUACACGUGGGGAAUAUAUGCAAGUCUAUAAAGAACCUUAUACUGAAAUGAAAUUGAUUGGAAUCGUGGGAAUUAUAGUUACAAUUGCAAUCGUCAUAAUUGUUACUGUACUUAUAUUCAUAUAUAUUAACGAUAAUGCAGAUUUCCAACAAAUUCGUGUUGAGCAAAGUGAAUCAUCUAGUCCAACUGUAGAAAUGUAUCCAGGGUUAUCUCGUAUAGGCAGAAGUCAAAAUGUGGAGCGAGAUUAA